AUGCAAGAAUGGGUCAACAAUCCACGGUUCUUCUCUGCCAAAUUCACUGGGUCUUCUCAAGGACUCCUGUGCUGGCACGUCUUUGUUCCAAAAGCCUUCGCUCGCGAGGCCGACCUGAUCUUGGCUGCAAACUUGGACCUACGCAAGCCCAGUUGUGCUCCCUUCCAAGCACCGACCUACUACACCAGAGAUUGGCAGGCGGCGAAAGACAAAUUGGUCCUUGGCAAACAGUGCCCACAGCUUCAGUCCUUGAUCGAAUCCAUGCGGGAAAGGACUCGGGCGACGCGGGUUCUGACUGCCAUCUACCGGAUUCCCAUCGAACUCCCGGGCAUGCUGACUUCUGCUGCAACUGAGAACUUUGGAAGGCUCACCCUCCUACAAUUCCUUCUUGCCAUCAUCGUCACAGGCGCCCAGGCCAAGAAGGCGGAGGAUGCAGAACCCAAGAAGCCACUGACCAAGGCCCUAGACGUGCUGAGUGAUAGCAAGUCGUCCGGUGACGACGAUGAUGAUGACGGUCCCCUGACCUUUGAGUGGACCACAAUCGUCGAAAAGUCUUUGGUUGCUUCCACUCCAAAGCCUGUGGAGGACAAGAAAAAGUCCCUCCUCAUGGACAACCUGCCGUCCUUUCUCCAGUUUCACCUUGGCAAGUCGUUGUUCCCCAAUUUCAUCCGAGUUAUCAAGAACUGGUCAGCUACCGACCUCGCCUACCAGAAUCGCAAGCUUCAUGUUGAAUGGGUCCCGUCAGAGCUACACUCCCGCUGUAUUGACGAUCCCACCGACAAUCAAGGUCCUCAAGUCCGUGAUCCCAUGGACUUCCUUCUCUGCAUGGAAGACCCCGUGGAGAUUCUCGAGGGCACUCUCCACAUCGACAUCCACGCCAAACAUGUUCGGGACGUGGACAAUGGCCUUUCCGUGAUUGGUUACCUUGACGACUGGAACGAGAGCCAGGCUCAGCUCCAGACCGCUCAUCAGACCAUCGAGACCAUUACUGACAAGAAGAACAGUUUGAACCGGGACCUACAGUCCGCUCGUGACGAAUUGGAGGCAAUGAAGGCCGCCCAAGAGACAGCUGUUGCUAUGGCAGAGUUGUCAACAACUGUUAGGCCUGUUCCAAUGCUCACAGUGGACGUCCCUGCAGGUCCACCGGGCCAGACACGCGUCAGCACUACUACACUACUCAGUCCCUCGGCUCGUGGCAUUGCUCCACCGGCGACGGCUCAUGAAACGGACGGAGAAGAUGGAGAGGACCAACCCAAUGCGCCCUCUCCUAUGGACACUGGUCGUGGUGGUAUCAGUACCCCCACGACGGGAGAUGGUUUUGGUGACAACCAUCUCGUUCGUGCACCGGGUUCCGCCCGACUCGCCUUCCAGAAUAUUAACACUAUUCCCGACGAGUCAGACGACCCUAAACAAGCACAACUCAACCACUGGAUUCGAAGCGAAUGUGUGGAGUCUUUACUUCUGGCUGAAUUGAACAAAUUCUGGCCAGCAAUUACACCAACCAACCGAUGGCGUGAACGAGCCAGCACUAUGGCUAGGAAGGGCGAAGGUUUCCAUUCGGCGGUGGCUUACAAUACCCAUCAACCACGGGCGGCCCAUUCUACCACUCAACUUGGGGGCUGCUCGACUUCUGCCUUCAACGAAGUCUCUCGCCGAGUCAGGUCCAGUGGCGACGAUAGCUUGGGGCGAUGGGCUUGGAUUCGACUUCAGGGCCGAACACGAGGCGUUGGCCAGCGAGACUUGGUGGUUAUCUCUGCCUACGGACCAAACCCACCAAACUACGGGCAUCAAACAGUGUGGUUCCAACACAAGGCCCAUUUCAGCCGCACCAACCGCGAUGCAGAACCCAGGGAAGCUUUCAUCAAGGACCUCUCGACGGCAAUCAACAAAUGGCUUGGGCAUCGAUGCCAACGAUGA